CGAUUAUUCGUUUCGUAAUGUUUAUGUUGUUACACAUUCUGAUAUAGGUGGGUGCACGUGGCAUUCCAGUAACUUUGAGGAAAACGAUUUUAUAUCAGUUGUGUCCGUCGUUCACACGCGAAUCUGCCCUCUCAUUGGCUAGAAUGUUACCACCUGAUCGCGCCUCCCUUCUACCUUUGCGGACAUGUAAUUCCAUUGUUAGAGCGUAUAAGUCGUGGGGCGAAGUUCUGCGUUCUGAGAGGGUGCUGAUGAAGUUGUAGUUUUUGCUGAGAGCACCCAAGACACCUGCCCGCACACACUGGCCCUGUGCUCAGUGUCAGAACUGACUGACUGACAGACGAUCGCCCUGCACACAGACACUAUGGAUCUGUCCCCCACCACCAGCAGCCUGAUGGCCAGCAACGUGACCAACAAGACGGACCCGCGCUCGCUCAACUCGCGGGUCUUUAUCGGGAACCUCAACACACUCCUGGUCACCAAGGCAGACGUGGAGGAAAUCUUCAGCAAGUAUGGCAAGAUCGUAGGCUGUUCUGUGCACAAGGGCUUUGCCUUCGUCCAGUUCGCCAACGAGAGAUGUGCCCGAGCCGCUGUAGGGGCCGAGGAUGGACGCAUGAUCGUGGGACAGGUGCUGGACAUUAACUUGGCUGGAGAACCCAAACCCCACAGGUCAAAGACCGCAAAGCGCUCGGCGGAAGAGAUGUACAGGUCUGAUUCAAUUAGUCCCACAUUUGAUCUGGACUAUGACUUCCAGAGAGAUUACUAUGACCGAGUGUACUCGUACCCAUCCCGUGUGCCCCCUCCUCCUCCACCCUUGUCCCGAGCAGUGAUCCCGUCCAAGCGCCCGCGGGUCAGCAUGACUGGAGGGGGCAGCCGCCGCACCAAGGCCAGUUUCUCCUCUUCCUCCAAGAGCAGCCAGAGGGCAUCCUCAAGAACAAUGAAAACAGAUGACCUGCAGACCAUCAAGAAGGAGCUGACAAUGAUUAAACACAAAGUAGACUACCUGCUGGAGAGCCUAGACCGCAUGGAGAAGGACCACAGCAAGAAGUCAGAUGAGAAGGGUGCAAAGCCUGAGCCUGGAGAGGUUUCCUCACAGCAGCACUGCAGCAACAAGGAGGAGAGCAUCAAGAGGGAGAGGGAGGAUCUCAACGACUCUGAGGAGGAGGAGGGGGAUCUGCUAGAAGAGGAGGAGGUGAAGAGUCAACAAAGGGAAGAGGAGGAUGAUGAUGAUGAAGAGGAGGAAGGAGAGCAUGUGGAUGGAGACGACGAUGGUGACAGUGUCAACGGAGAUGAGGACUCUUAGACCACACGCAGACUGAUGCACACUUGUACAGACAACACAUCCACAUGGCUUCCAGUGGCUCCUCCGACUCCUAUUUUAAUACCCGCACUACUACGAAACGUGAGAAAACAUCAAUA